GGUGCUGCGGCCGCGCUUGGGCCGUCCGGGUGCGUCUUUUAGGUUGCCGACGCCCCUUCUGAUUCCGACAGCGGGCGGACGCCCUUCGGCAGAAGCGCCUCUGCACGCGGCGGGCACUGAUGCCCAGGCUGCACGACCACUUCUGGAGCUGCCCCUGCGCCGGCGCCGCGAGGUACCUGAGUCCCCCGCGAGUCCGCGCCGCGGGGCCGGCCGCCCAGGUGGGAGGUAUGAUAACCGCGUCCCGGCGCCCGUCGGCUCCCGGGGCUCCGGACACCGACCCCGCGCCCCGGAGCCAGCGAGCGGGCCACGGUGUCCACGGCGGCCGUGCCGGCAGCUGGCAUCACCACCUGGUGCAGAGGAGCCUCGUGCUCUUCUCGGUCGGGGUCGUCCUGGCCCUGGUCCUCAACCUGCUGCAGAUCCAGAGGAAUGUCACCCUCUUCCCCGACGAGGUGAUCGCCACCAUCUUCUCCUCCGCCUGGUGGGUGCCCCCCUGUUGUGGGACAGCAGCCGCGGUGGUCGGGUUACUGUACCCGUGCAUCGACAGUCACCUGGGAGAGCCGCACAAAUUCAAGCGGGAGUGGGCCAGCGUCAUGCGCUGCAUCGCGGUCUUCGUGGGCAUUAACCACGCCAGCGCCAAAUUGGAUUUUGCUAAUAAUAUUCAGCUGUCCCUGACCUUAGCAGCGCUGUCCUUGGGCCUUUGGUGGACAUUCGACCGCUCCAGAAGCGGCCUUGGGCUUGGAAUCACCAUCGCCUUCUUAGCAACUCUGAUCACUCAGUUUCUGGUGUACAAUGGUGUAUAUCAAUACACAUCCCCAGACUUCCUCUAUAUCCGUUCUUGGCUCCCGUGUAUUUUUUUCUCAGGCGGUGUCACAGUGGGAAACAUAGGACGGCAAUUAGCAAUGGGUGUCCCUGAGAAGCCACACAGCGACUGAGCUCCAGUGCCACUGAUAGGAAGAGGAAGCAGGCCCCGGGGGAAAUGCUGUGGUGCAGGUCGUGCGGAAGACGAUCUUUUUCCCACAAGCUCGGUUUAGAUGGGGCUGAUGACAAAUGGCUCUUGAGAAACAUUCUCUUAGUCUAGAAUAGCGAGAUGGAGACAAGAACUACUGACCUCGAAGUCUUAUCUUGACCGCCCGCCCCACUCCUGCCUUUGUUCCGGAGCCUGCCGUCCCAGGCCAGGCCACAUGGGAGUCUGGCAGAGGGUGGUUUCCCAAGUAUUAGAUGUCAUUCAAAACAAGUUGCCAUGUUUCAAAGCCUUGAACUAAAACUUAAUUACCAACUAGCAGUUUUAUGUCAGUGUGCCCAAAGGAAAUAGGUUGAUAAGAUGGUGCUUUAAAAAGAUGAAGUAUGGUGUAAUAGGACUAUUUAUCCAAAAGACUUUAAAAUUAGGGUUGUGUUUAAAAAAAAAAAAGAAUGAAAGGAGCAGCAAGUAUAGGGCAGUGGCACUACCAGUGGAUCCCAGCAUGGUCACACUGGCCUCUGAUGCUGCAGGGGCGGGCACCUGUGCAGCCAUCACACAUGCGGAAACACCAGGGCAGACACUGUGCUUUUCAUUCUUCUCAUGGGGUUUUGUGUUGACAAUCUUACUGAGAGCAGAAGGUAAUGAAAAGUCACCAUUCUACACUGUGAUACUGGAAUUUCCACCUCAGUUGAUGAAGUUUUACCCCAAGUCCAGAACAUCCAAGAGUGAGGCACAUCCGUGUGUAUUUUAGUCUUGGUGAGCCACAACUGUUUAUUUGUUGCUCUAGAGGAGAGAGGACGGGUUUUUGCACAGCCCUAUGGAACUUGCAAUCUGUGAUUGCCUUGUAAAGAGUGAGUGUCACUGCAGUGAGCGUGCGGUGCCCCUGAACCCGUGGUGGUGUGAGCACAGUGGAGUCACUUAAUGGCAUAGGCCAUGUUGGACCCGAUUUGCAGCAUUGGGUCUUAAACUUCAAGUGCAAUGUAUCUGAAAACCAAUCUGAGCCUUGUAUUCUCUUAAAAUAUUUAUUUUUUUUAAUGCAUGAGUUGCUCCAGAGGGUUCUUGUUCAUUUCAGAGCUGCGUGGAGGCGGAGCUCAGCAAAUGCUUCUUUGGCAGGAGGCACGAGGCUCCUUCCCGUCCCCCCUGCACUGAGCCCUCAUCCUUUGACAUACUCCAGUUUUGUGGGUUUAGCAAUUUUUACUUACAAAUUUACCUUUUUGUAUUUUGCAAUUUAAAUGUUUUGGUUGUGUUGAGUUAUGUGGAAGUGACUUGAUUAAAAGACUCAAGUGGACGUGCUCCGCCUGUGGGCUGGAGUCCGUCUGCUUUCCUUCACGUGGCCAUCUGUGUUGGGCUUUUGCUUGGUUUGUUUUGAGGGAACUGUCUUGAGUAAGCUUUAGGUUUCUGAAGUUAAUUUGUUUGAGGGGAAUUUUGUUUAAAGGAAAACGGAUCCUUCUGAACUAUGGGUGAUCUGUAUAAAUUUUCUGAAAAUGAAAACAUGAUGAGUUUGUGACAGCGUUUUUCAGUGACAAUGUCAGCAUUUUAUGAAAAACAGAAGUUGCUAGAGGAAAGCACUGAGUCCAAAAUACACUUGAUCAUGCACAAACAGUAAGUGCGUUUCCUCUUCAACUGGAAGUAAAUCUGUAUGUUAGAAAUAACGUAGCCAAAAAAUGUGAAUCCGAGGAAUUUUUUUGCCAAUAGUUUAUAGCAGACAUUGAACCAAAGUGGUUUGAGUUUGUAAAACAGUAUGAACAAACCUGCACUAUCCCAGACGAAGCGAACACCCAGUGAGGUUCACGUUCAUACUGCAUUUUCACAUUGUGUUCUUUUUGCAUUUUUUACUUUUAUUAAAGGUUCAA